AGAACCAGCCUUGGUGGGUGUUGCUCAGCAGAGGCUGCCUGACUAGUAUAUAUUAACUCCGCCAUUCUCUUUACUCUCAGUCACUCAAUCUCCUGCACUCGUUACCAUUGCUCCUAACGCUCGUUUAUCAAGGAGAGUGGAAUGUCCUAUUAACGACAAAAUUGUUGUGUAAGACAAUGGAAGAGGUUUGACAGUCCCAGAUACUGUCAGCUGAUGGAAGAGGCUUGACAGUCCCAGAUACUGUCAACUGAUGGAAGAGGCUUGACAGCCCGAGACUGUCAACUGAUGGAAGAGGCUUGACAGUCCCAGAUACUGUCAGCUGAUGGAAGAGGCUUGACAGUCCCAGAGACUGUCAACUGACGGAAGAGGCUUGACAGUCCCAGAUGCUGUCAACUGAUGGAAGAGGCUUGACAGUCCCAGAUACUGUCAACUGAUGGAAGAAGUUUGACAGACCCAGAGACUGUCAACUGAUGGAAGAGGUUUGACAGUCCCAGAGACUGUCAACUGACGGAAGAGGCUUGACAGACCCAGAGACUGUCAACUGAUGGAAGAGGCUUGGCAGUCCCAGAGACUGUCAACUGACGGAAGAGGCUUGACAGACCCAGAGACUGUCAACUGAUGGAAGAGGCUUGGCAGUCCCAGACUAUUCGAAAUGAAAGUGUACCAUGGCCAGGUUGAUGAUGAGUGUACCAUGGCCAGGUUGAUGAUAGUGUACCAUGGCCAGGUUGAUGAUAGUGUACCAUGGCGUUGUUACUAAGUCCAUCAAGGACAGGUUCACUGUUGCGUACCAAGGCCAUGUUGAUGAUGAGUGUAUCGAGGCCAAAUGUUAUAUCCGUGUAUUCACCAUUCCCCUUCUCUUCAAGCAGGCGCUGGUAGUCCUCACUGACCUUUUGUCUUCAUAAGCCCUUCUCCGCGCGGCCUUCUCAAUUGCCUCCCACUUGUGCAACUUGCAGCGAUUGGUGGAUUCUUCGUCAGACUGUUGCUAGCUAAUAUUCAUUUGGUAGUUGUGAUGUUCAUUGUGAUGCCCCACAUGAAAGGAGAGAAGAUGAUGCUGGCAGCAGUUGUGUUGGUGGUGGUGAUGGUGGGUGAGGGCGUGGCGGCGCCACAGGCAGCCACCGGCAGACAAACCCUGGAGAAUGCCUUCAAUGAUCGCGCCACAGUUGAGGCUAUCAUCCAAUGUUUCCUUGGGGAUAGAAAAUGCAAUCCACAGGAGGAGAAGAUCAAAGAACGUGCCUUGGCAUCCUUGAAGAACUUCGGAACGUGUCCGAGUCAUCUGUGUACACAAGCCGAGCAGCAGGAGAUCACCAGGUCAAUGGAACUCCUACAGAGCAAACACCCAGAUCUCUGGAGCAAGCUCAUCUUGGCAUUGCUUGGUAUCAACAUUCCGAUCAUUGGUAGAAAGUAAUUUAGUUUCUCGCUGGUUUCAUAUAUACACACACAUACAUAUGUGUGCGUAUAUGUAUAUGCAUGUGUUGUGCAUGUGUUUUGCAAGAUAUUUGUGUAUAUUAAAAAAAUCGAAAAUAAAGUUGUUGAUACGA